ACAAACAUGACUGGUCGCAGUCGGAUCAACGCAGACAAUAUCACACGUAUUUUGGAUCGUUUGCUGGAGGGAUAUGACAAUCGACUUCGACCAGGAUCUGGAGUUGGAAUCACUGAAGUCAAAACGGACAUAUUCGUCACAAGUUUUGGUCCUGUAUCAGAUAUGGAGAUGGAGUACAGAAUGGACAUGUUCUUUAGGCAGAUGUGGGUUGAUGAGCGGCUGAAGUUCGAAGGCCCCAUUGAGAUACUUCGUCUUAACAACAUGAUGGUGGACAAAAUUUGGACACCUGACACGUUCUUCCGAAACUCUAAGAGAUCCAUUGCCCACAAUAUGACAACCCCCAACAAGAUGUUCCGUAUCAUGCAGAACGGAACAGUGUUUUACACCAUGAGACUAACAAUAAGUGCAGAGUGUCCAAUGCGAUUAGAGGACUUUCCACUGGAUGGGCAUGCUUGUCCUUUAUACUUUGGAAGCUAUGCAUACACCAACCGCGAAAUUGCUUACACUUGGAGAAAGGGUUUCGAGGCGUCAGUUGAUGUGCCACCAGAGUCCUCCAGCUUACUACAAUAUGACCUUGUUGGGCAGAGUCUCUUCACUGAAACAUACAAAAUAAACACAGGUCAUUACUCUGUCCAGGUUGUGCAUUUUCUUCUCCAACGAAAGCUGGGCUACUAUCUCAUCCAAACAUAUAUACCACUGAUCAUGAUUGUUGGAUUGUCCCAAGUCUCAUUUUGGAUCAACAAAGAGUCAGUGCCAGCCCGUACUGUUGCCGGCAUCACUACGGUGCUCACCAUGACAACCCUCAGCAUCAGCGCUCGCGAGUGUCUGCCCAAGGUGUCGUACGCCACGGCGAUGGACUGGUUCAUCGCCGUGUGCUUCGCCUUCGUGGCGUCCGCCCUGAUCGAGUUUCCUGACAGUGGUGCCAGCAGGGACUACAGGUCCAACUCGAUAAUCAGUGAGCCUGGGCAGUUUGUGCCCAACUUCCUGCAGUCUGGCUCGGCCAUCCCCACCAACAUGCUGCUGGCGGGCACCAGCCCCAUUGACGCCUACUCCCGAGUGCUCUUCCCCCUGGCCUUUGGCUCCUUCAACCUGGUCUACUGGUACUACUACCUCUCCAAGGACACCAUGGAGAAGGCCAGGAUCCUGGGCCAGUGAGUUCUUGCAACUGAUCUCAAGUUGAUGAUUGCUCCACCAUCACCACCUCCAUCACCACCACCAUCAGCACCAUCAGAAUCACUUCC